AUGGGCGCUCCCAAGCAAGGCCUCGAGAAGGAGGACAAGCAGCGCGAUGCCGAGUUCAACAAGGCGCUGCACGGCAAGUCUGCCAUGGCUGCUGGUGGCAUUGCUGCCAUGUUCUCCAAGGACAAGGAGGCCAAGAAGCUUGCUGUAGACGAAUACUUCAAGCACUUUGACAACAAGACUGCUGCAAACGAGACUCCCGAGGAGCGUGCUGCUAGGCAAAAGGAGUACGCCACCCUGACGAGGCACUACUACAACCUUGCGACAGACCUCUACGAGUACGGCUGGGGCCAAUCCUUCCACUUCUGCCGCUUUUCACACGGCGAGUCGUUCUACCAGGCAAUUGCCCGUCAUGAGCACUACCUGGCGCAUCAGAUUGGCAUCAAGGAGGGCAUGACUGUGCUCGAUGUUGGUUGCGGUGUUGGUGGUCCGGCCCGCGAGAUCGCAAAGUUCACCGGCUGCAACGUCGUCGGUCUGAACAACAACGACUACCAGAUCGAUCGCGCUACACACUAUGCUCAGAAGGAGAAGCUGGACAGCCAGCUCCAGUUCGUCAAGGGUGACUUCAUGCAAAUGUCUUUCCCCGACGAAUCGUUCGAUGCGGUCUACGCCAUCGAGGCCACAGUGCACGCCCCAAAACUCGAGGGUGUCUACAGCGAGAUUUUCCGCGUACUGAAGCCUGGUGGCACCUUCGGUGUUUAUGAAUGGCUUAUGACUGAUGAUUACGACAACGAGAACCUUCACCACCGCGACAUCCGCCUCAAGAUUGAGCUCGGCAACGGUAUCUCCAACAUGGUUCCCAUCAGCGAGGGUGAGGCUGCCAUGAAGGCGGCUGGCUUCGAGGUCCUCAAGACCGAAGAUCUCGCUCAAAAGGGUGACGAGUUGCCUUGGUACUGGCCUUUGGCUGGUGACCUCAAGUACCUCCAGUCCUACUUUGAUCUGUUCACAGUGCUGCGCAUGACCAAGUGGGCCAGGACUUGCCUGCACGGCGUGGCAGGCGUGCUUGAGACGAUUGGCGUUGCUCCUGCUGGCACCAAGAAAACGGCCGACGCACUGGCAACUGGUGGUGAUGCGCUUGUUGCUGGUGCCAAGGAGAACAUCUUCACGCCCAUGUACCUGAUGGUCGGCCGCAAGCCCUUGAACUGA